UUACAUGCAAAAAGGGGCGGGGUUUCACGAAGAACUUAACUGGCCUAACUAAGUUCACUUCACCGCUUUAACACUGUAACGUAGUUUUAAAAAAAAGCCUUCGUAUAAGUGGAUUAAUGCCGAUCCUGAAGAAACAUCUGGAAACUGAGCCACUUGUAAAAGUAGUGGAUAAAAUGGCUCAAAAAAAUGGCCUCCGCCGCACCAUCUACAGUAUAAACGGAGACCAGUACACCGGAGAGUGGAAGGAUAACCUGAGACACGGUAAAGGAACUCAAGUGUGGAAGAAAACUGGAGCUGUGUAUGAAGGUGAAUGGAAACAGAAUGGACGUGACGGCUUUGGGAUUCUCAGCAAACUGCAGCCAUCAACUAAUGACCAUGUGAAAGUUUAUUCAGGCACAUGGAGAAAUGAUAAGAAAGAGGGGUUUGGGACACGUUUCUUCAGCUCGUCAUCAAGAUAUGAGGGGGAGUGGGUGGAGAAUAAGAGGAGCGGAUGGGGAAGGAUGACUUAUGAAAAUGGAGAUGUGUAUGAAGGAGAGUGGCUGAAGGAUAAACCCCACGGUCAGGGCGUGCUGUGGCUCGUGAAUGAGAACAGGUAUGAGGGCAGCUGGAAGGACGGGAAGAAACACGGACAAGGACGCUUCUUCUACACCAACAGAGGUCAGCUAUACGAGGGCUUCUGGGUAGACGACGUGCCAAGGUGCGGGACAGUGUGCGAUUACGACGGGACGCAUACACACACACCACCGCUGUACCCCAUCCCCCCGGUGAUGCUGCAGGAUGUUCAGUCAGUGCUAAUGGAGGGACGCGACCGUUUCUGUGCCAGCAAAGAGGACUAAGAAAAUCAACUGGUGAAUCCUGCAGUCUGCGCAUGAUAUCAUAUACGAUAUAUGAUACCCAAGACAUUUUUAAUGUUUAACCCAGACCUGUGUACACGUGAUUCUUUUGCAAUGUGCAGUGACUAUAUACUCAAAUCUAAACUAUUCAGCAAUAUAAAAUAAGUGCUCAGUGAUG